ACAUGUGUCAAGUUUAUUCAGUAAGGUUGUUCGGCGAUUGAUGCUUUUGUGCAACUUAUUUAAAUUUUUUAUUUUGUUUAUAUUAAAAUACAAAUAAUUUGAUAAGGAAAUUGAUUAUUAUUUUUACUUUAAGAAACUUGGCAGAGCCUAAGUAAGGAAGGCUAGUAUGGAAUUUCUAGAAUAUAACGAUGUUUCUGCCGAAAUCAAAGGCAACAUGGUUCCUGGGCGACUAAAGAUGACUGAUCAAAGUAUUAUAUUUAAAAACAGCAAAACAGGAAAAGUGGAACAAAUCUCUGCCAAUGAUAUUGAGCUUGUAAACUUUCAAAAGUUUAUAGGAUCAUGGGGUCUUCGGGUCUUUCUUAAGAAUGGAACACUGCACAGAUAUGGUGGUUUUAAAGAAGGGGAACAAGAGAAAGUCGCAAAGUUCUUUAAAUCAAGUUACAACAAGGAUAUGCUAGAAAAGGAAUUGUCACUUAAAGGUUGGAAUUGGGGGACGGCAAAGUUUAAUGGAGCAGUGCUCAGUUACAAUGUUGGUACAAACACAGCCUUUGAAAUACCUUUACAUUAUGUGUCACAGUGUAAUACUGGAAAGAAUGAAGUUACUCUGGAAUUUCAUCAGAAUGACGACACGCCAGUAUCGUUGAUGGAGAUGCGAUUCCACAUUCCGACAAAUGAAUUAGCAGGCGAUAUGGAUGCUGUAGAAGCAUUCCAUCAGCAAGUGAUGAACAAGGCCAGUGUUAUCUCUGUGUCUGGUGAUGCAAUUGCUAUCUUCAGGGAGUUGCAGUGCCUUACGCCUCGUGGUCGCUACGACAUCAAAGUGUUCCAAACAUUCUUCCAACUUCACGGUAAAACUUUCGACUACAAGAUACCAAUGUCCACCGUUCUACGAUUGUUCCUGUUGCCUCACAAGGAUACACGACAAAUGUUCUUUGUGGUAUCCUUGGACCCACCUAUAAAACAGGGUCAAACGAGAUAUCAUUAUUUGGUGCUGUUGUUUGGGAUUGAAGAAGAAACAAGCCUGGAAUUGCCGUUUACUGAAGAGGAGUUAACAGAGAAGUAUGAAGGAAAAAUAACUAAAGAGCUUUCUGGACCUACAUACGAGGUCCUUGCGAAAAUCAUGAAGGUUAUCAUAAAUAGACGCGUGACAGGACCCGGAGACUUCUUAGGUCAUCACAAGACGCCAGCAAUCGCAUGUUCGUACAAAGCUGCAGCUGGUUACCUGUACCCACUUGAAAAAGGCUUUAUCUACGUCCACAAACCACCAGUUCACAUCCGAUUUGAGGAAAUUGCAUCCGUCAAUUUUGCUAGAGGUGGUGCUUCGUCGACCAAAUCUUUUGACUUUGAAAUAGAAUUAAAGCAAGGCAGUGUCCACACAUUCAGCAGUAUUGAGAAAGGGGAAUACGACAAAUUGUUUGAUUACAUCACGUCAAAGAAACUCCAUGUAAAGAACACUGGCAAGAAUGACAAGGCGCUAUACGACGACGACUUCGGCGACUCGGACACGGAGAAGGAGCCGGACGCGUACCUCGCGCGCGUCAAGGCGGAGGCGCAGGAGCGGGACGACAGCGACGGCUCCGACGAGAGCACCGACGAGGACUUCAACCCGGACAAGGCCAAGGAGAGCGACGUCGCGGAGGAAUAUGACACAAAUCCAUCAUCUUCCGAAGAGUCGGACGCCUCGGACGCUUCAAAGGGUAGCAAGAAGGAGAAGAAGAAAGAAAAGAAACCUAAAAAGACCAUCACAAUAUCGGAAGCGCCGCGCAAGCGCAAAGAGAAGUCGAAGAAGCGCGAGAAGGACGCGAACGCACCGAAGCGGCCGUCCACCGCGUUCAUGCUGUGGCUCAACGAGAACAGGAAGAAGAUCAUCGACGAGAACCCCGGCAUUAAGGUCACGGAGAUCGCGAAGAGGGGCGGCGAACUGUGGCGCGAUUUGAAGGAUAAAUCUGAAUGGGAAGAGAAAGCAAAUAAAUCUAAAGAGGAAUAUAAUCAAGCAAUGAAAAAGUACAAAGAUAGCGGCGCAGCUGAUGAGUUCAAACAGAAGAAGAAGCAAGCGGAGAAAGAGAAGAAACAAGCGGAGAAGAAGAGUAAAGCACCGGCCAGUAAGAAGCCCAGUAAGGCCGCGAGUGCUGGAUCCGGUACGCAGAAGUUCACCAGUAAGGAAUAUAUUGAGGAUGAUGACAGUUCCUCCGACUCGGGUAGCGAUAAGAAAAAGGAAAGCAAAGAGAAGAAAGAUUCAAAGAAAGAAAAGGCUAAGGCUUCCUCGUCAGAAGCGGAAGCGUCGUCAGGAUCUGGCGAUGAAAGUGGAAGCGGAAGCGGAAGCGAUUAAUGCUUUUUUGUUACUGGUUAUUCAAUACUUGGUUAAAUAUUUGCAUGUUUUUUUCUUAGCACUCAUAUUAUCCUGUCUUAAUGAAGGUAUGAAAAACGAGAUUGAAAAUAAAUUGUAUUCUAAAUAUUGAGAAUCGAAUUGUAUAAAGUCCAAGCUGAUAUGUUAUUGAAUAGAAUGCCUUUUUAGUCUCCAUGUCAAUAAUAUAAUCAAUAAAAAUAAUAAAAUAUAAAAAUACAUUCACAAAAAGAUUUCAUUUAUAUUCGAUAAUUCUUUGGUGGGUUUUAAUCAAUGCAAAGGAAUUUAUAGAAAAAUAUUAAAUUACAAAAUAACAACAAAUCAAUGAUUUCUUACAUUAAAAAAAAAUUAGUAGAUAUUGUAUUUUUGUAUAAGAGUUUUGGAUGUCAUUAUUUCUCAUAGCUUGUGUAUAUUUCUUCGCAAAUCUACAAGAAUCAAAGAUUAUUGAUAAUUAAUAGACAGGUUUUCAUUCCAGUAAAUUUUAAAAUAUCAAUUUAUCACCCGCAAGGGGCGUUAUCGCCCGCUUUGAAAAAGACUGGUUUAAGUUUUAGAUCAUUUUAACUCUCUUGUUGUCUGUGCAUGUUCAAUACAACAUAUUAUAUGUGUUAAAAUCUCAAAUGUGUAUAUACUUUUUAUCAAACUUCUUGUUAAGAGAAUAAUGUGAUUUUUAUUCCCAAUUUUGUUAUUUCUAGCGUUUGUAAGUGUACAUAGGCCUUGUGUAUUAUUAAAAUUAGUUUAAUAAAAAAUUAAACAACA